AUGGGGCCCCCAGAGCAGCAGCAGCAGCAGCAGCAGGAGCAGCAGGAGGAGGAGGAAGAGCAGCAGCAGCAGCAGCAGCAGCAGCAGCAGCAGCAGCAGGGGGGGGGGCCCCCAAAGAAGGGGGUCAAGGGGGGCGCCCCCAGGAUUUGCAUGCGGCUGCACAGGCACGGGGGGGGCCCCCAAACCCCAGAGAUAAAAAAAAUAAAAAAAAAAGAGAAAAAAGAAAAUGAAGGAAAAGAAAAAAAAGAGAAGAAGCUAUGCAGGCUGCUUCUACCACGCCAACAGCAGCAGCAGCAGCAGCAGCAGCAGCAGCAGCAGCAGCAGCAGCAGCAGCGGCACAGCAGCGCAGAAAGGAGAGAAGGAGCAGCAAAAACCCAACGCCGCUGUCUCUCUCUGUCUCCUUCUCCUAUCAUAAGGAGACACAAAGAAAGGGUCGCUCUCCGCGCCCAUCGUCUCCUGCAAUUAACGGAGCAGCAAGAAGAGAAGCAGCACCCCAAAAGGACAGCGGAAGAGCCUCGACCCAAAGGCAAGCAAAUUUAUUUUAUUAGGGAAGAGUCAUCAGGCCCCUUGGGGGCCCCCGAGGGGCCCCCCGCAGCAGCAGGUAGCAGCAGCAGCAGGAGAGAGACAGAUGCUGCUCAGGGUACAGAACAAGCAGAAGGAGAGAAAAUAAAAACCUUAAAGGGGGGCCCCGUGGGGGCCCCCAAGGGGCCCCCCAAACCCCAUGGGGCCCCAGUGGGGGGCCCCCAUCGCACCCCCAGCAUCUCCCCGUCUGCAGCGAGAAGGGGGCCCCCACAGCAGCAGCAGCAGCAGCAGCAGCAGCAGCUCCUGCAGCAGCAGCUCCUGCAGCAGCAGCAGCAGCAGGAAAGGAAGAAACAUGCAGCAGCAGCAGCAGCAGCAGGGGCUAAUAAGGAAGAGUCAUCAGGUCCCUUGGGGGCCCCCGAGGGGCCCCCCGCAGCAGCAGGUAGCAGCAGCAGCAGGAGAGAGACAGAUGCUGCUCAGGGUACAGAACAAGCAGAAGGAAACACAAUAAAAACCUUAAAGGGGGGCCCCGGGGGGGCCCCCAAGGGGCCCCCCAAACCCCAUGGGGCCCCACAGCAGCUCCUGCAGCACCAGCAGCAGCAGGAAAGGAAGAAACAUGCAGCAGCAGCAGCAGCAGGGGCUAAUAAGGUACAGGGGCCCCCGCUGCAGCAGGGGCCCAAUGUGUUGCUGCAGCAGCAGCAGCAGCAGAAGCAGCAGCAACAGCUGCAGAAGCAGCUGCAGCAGCUGCAGCAAAGCCUGCAGCAGCAACGUCAGCAGCAGCAGCAAGACAAGCGGCACCCGCAGGAGCAACUGCAGCUGCAGCAGCUGCAGCAGCUGCAGCAACUGCAGCAGCUGCAGCAGCUGCAGCAGCAGCAGCAUCUGCAGCAAAUGCAGCAGCAGCACCUGCAGCUGCAGCAGCUGCAGCAGCAGCUGCAGCUGCAGCAGCUGCAGCAGCUGCAGCAACUACAGCAGCUGCAGCAACUGCAGCAGCAGCAGCAUCUGCAGCAAAUGCAGCAGCAGCACCUGCAGCUGCAGCAGCUGCAGCAGCAGAUCGAGCGGCAUCAGGAGCAGCAGCAGAUGCAGCUGCAGCUGCAACAGCAGCUGCAGCAGGAGACGUUACAGCAGCAGCAGCAGCAGCAGCAGCAAGACUUGCAGCAGCAGCAUCAACUGCAGCAGCAGCUCGCAUUCCUGCAGCUAGAGAAGCAAAUGCUUCGUGACAAAGAGCAGCUGCUGCUGUCGCUGCAGCAGCAGCAGCACCUGCAGCAGCAGCAGCAGCAGCAGCAACAGCAGCAGCAACAGCAGCAGCUGCUGCUCCUCCAGUCAAACCCGCACGGGGGCCCCCUCCUCUCUAACCCCCUAGACUCAGUGGGGGCCCCCCCCGCUCCCUAUGCUGCAUGCGUUUCUUGGGGCCCCCACAAAACAGGAGUAGCAGGGGGGGCCCCCCGGGGGGCCCCCCGGGGGGCCCCCGAGCAGCACCUUGCUGAGGCGGUGCAAGCAGAAGCAGAAGAAGGGGCCCCGUCUCCUCUCCUCGUAGGGGGCCCCCAAGCCCUCCUGCUUUCGGCUUAA